GAUGCCAUUCUUUGUAAUACCAGUUGCCGACAAACCAAUGUUGCCAAUCUCGUUACCAUGGUUACCCCGCUAUGUUUGCAGCCAUUUUGUUUCACUGCGAUAAUCCCCGUUAGGGCUAGUUGUUGGUACGGUGAACAGUGCGGCGAGUGCGGUGCGUCGUCCCGGGUCCUCGCCAAUGAGAAGUUUUCAUAUGCAAUGCCGGUUUGCUGCGUUCCAUACUGUCGGCAAAGUUACAAGAAUGGUGCGAAGUUGUACAGAUUUCCAGCCAAUCCGGAAAGAAAGGCGGCAUGGGUUUCGCGGAUCAAGAGGCCUCUCUGGGAGCCAACGAGUACAUCGCGUGUCUGCGGCGUACACUUCGAACUAUCCUGUUUUGAGGAGAAACGUGCAGAUGGGUGGCGGCGCCUCAAAUUGACUGCCAUACCAACAUUGUUUUCCUCUCAAGCGUCUCCGAAGUACAAGCCAGCAGAGCAAAGCCCCGAAAAAGUAGUGCCGCACCGAUUUGAAGAGGCAGCUUGCAUCAGUGCAUCACUUGGAGCCACAGCCUGCGAUCCUCCUAUUCAUGCCUCAUCUGAAGAGGCAGUGGCAGCAUCAUCCAGUACGCCUGAGCCAACAGAAGAGAAACAACGCAGCUCGGCCGCAAGCACCUCGAGCCAUGAAUUAAGUACAAGCGCCACAAGCACGACCAACAACACAGCUUGUGUCAACGCAUCACCUGGGACCGCAGCUGGGGAUCCUCCCAUUCAUGCCUUAGCUGAAUCAACUAUCCAUGACGAAAUCUGCAGUGAUGCUACAACUGGAUGGAGCGGCCCCACACUUCAAUCUGUUUUAUCGACUGCCGCUUCAUUGACACCUCAGCAAGAUGACUUCAUCUCUGACAACGAUUCCAUGGAUAUCGUCACGGAAGAUCCUACAAACAUUAUGUCACUACCUGAAAAUGAGCCACCACCCAAAAGUGUGACAGAAGGAACAGAGAACGUUUGUUGUCUGGAGUUAAAGAAAGCUCUACACGACGUCCUAAAAAAGUACAGUUCUCUUCAAGAACAUCAUGUGAAUGCAAGGAAGCAGAUCCGAACCCUCAAGAGUCAACUAAAAUGUGUACAACAACAGCUUCAGGCACUUAAGGAACCGAAGUUCCUGGCCGACGAUCAAAAGAAGGUCCUUGCAAAACAAAACAGCCGGGGUAUGACAUGGUCAAUGACAACAAUCAAGCAAGCUCUUCAAGUCAAGUUUGCAUGCGGCACCACGGGGUAUGAGCUCCUUCGGACACUCCGCUACCCUCUGCCCAGCACCAGGACAUUAAUGCGAAGACUACAAGGCUUUUGCUUCUUACCAGGAAUUCUAAAAGAAGUCCUCGAUGUCCUGAAAAAAAAAGUAGAGACCAUGGAAGAUGCAGAACGGGACUGCGUUCUCUUUCUAGACGAGAUGGAAAUUUCAGGGGGCAUAGAACAUGAUCAGUCGCAGGAUUGCUUUCUCGGGUCUGUGACUCUUCCGAAGAUGGAGGAAGUCGAAGCUAACCGUGCUUUGGUUUUCAUGUUGGGGGGCUUGACGACCCGGUGGAAACAGGUAGUAGCGUACCACUUCACGGGGCGGUCGCUUGAAGGCACCCUCCUGAAAGACUUUGUCCUCCAGAUUGUGAAGUUGUCCUUCGAAGCGGGACUAAAAGUACUCGUGGUCACCAGCGACAUGGGUGCACCAAACAGAGCAAUGAGGCGCGAACUUGGCCUUUCAAGUACCAGGGACUCUGACACAGUGUGCAGCAUAUCACACCCAUGCCUUGAGGGGCGCCGUCUGUAUUUCAUGGCCGGUGUCGCCCAUCUGCUGAAGAACAUUCGAGCCCAACUGAUUCGCUCGGACAUCUUCUUCCUGAGCAAGCGGAUUGUUGAAGAAAACGGACUCCCCACAAACAUCAUCAAGCUCGAGUAUAUCGACGCAACACUGAAGCUAGAUAAAGAAAAUGAACUAAAGGUGGCUCCUCACAUGUCAGACAUUCACCUCAGUGACGGUCACUUUACAAAAAUGAGGGUGAACAUCGCCGUCCAGUUUUUUCGCGAAGCUCCAGUGGCCAUCCGCUACAGAGUGAGCCAGGGCCAGUUGCCAGCUCAGGCAGAAACCACUGCUUGGUUUUGUGAGCUUGUCUCUGUAUGGUUCACUUUGAUGUCGGCGAGGCAUCCAGUUGUGGCGUUGAGUAAUUUCGAUGCCACAAAACACCAAGCUGCCAUCGAAAAGCUAAACAUCACAGCCUGCACCUUCCGAGAGAUGACCAUGGGCUCGACAUCACACUGGAAGCCUUCACAAGCAGGACUUAUAACAUCAACCACAGUUGUCUACCAACUUCAACAUGAACUCCUGAAUGAGCAUGGGUAUGGCUAUCUACUGACUGGACGAACGACGCAGGACUGUCUCGAAAACCUAUUCUCGGUUGUCCGUCUUCGAAAACCAGUGCCUGGAGCCUGUGAGUUCAAGUGUGCUCUCCGCAUGAUCUGCGUUAGCCAGUUUGUCCAGACUCCCAGGACAUCUGGCUAUGCUGUUGAUGAUGGGGAACAGCUUGCCGACUUGUUUUCAGAGGGUGCGAGGGUUCCUUCAGAAGAGCCUGAAGCUCCAGAGGAGAUCAUGGAUUGGGUGCUGUCAAUGCUAUCCAAAGAGGAGAAAGACAUUCUAGCGUAUGUAGGUGGAUUCCUCCUGCGUGCAGUGCUUAAGUCUGUGAACUGCAACACCUGCAAAGAAGCCCUGACAUCAAACUCGAACAGUAAACACAGCACCCUGAUCAAAAUGAAGGAAUUUGUAAAGCACAGUGAGAACUUAAUCUACCCCAGUGAUAAAGCCAUGGAGUUUUUGAUCGAAUGUGAAGAACAAUUCAAGGGCCUUACAUUCACAACCAACAUUUUGAGUCUGUGUUCUCCAUUUAAAAGUAUCGCGUCUGUGCUUACAAGAAACAGCUCGGUGAACACCGGAGUAUGCUCACAGCACAGAGACAGUGUGGAGAAACUGCUUCUGGAGAAGUAUCUGCAUUUCCGGCUGAAGAUUCACCUCAAACAGGCCCGUCUAGAAAAACGUGCAAGUGGCCAUUCAAGCAAGACAUGUGCUGGUGUAAACCUUUCAUAG